CACACCAAAACAGCUUGGGAAUAUUUAGAGUACUUCGAAACAAUUCCAUUCUCUUAGUACAAAUUAAUAUCAUAAUGGCAGAGACCUUGGUGAAGAAACUGAGAUGGUCGGCCAUGUUUGGAAGCUCAAUAAGUAAUUCAAUAAAAACUGCAAGAUCCUUUUACCCAUGAAAUUAGGAUUUUGCAUAGAAGAAGAGGAGGCACACGACGUAUUGAACGGUGGAGAUCCGAUUGUAGGGCUGAUGUUACACGAUGAUUAAUCUUUUGCCAAAAAAUAUAAACAGAGCAUAGAGCGUAGAACUACUUUUAUAGAAAAUUUUAUAGUGUCUGCGGAAUAUAUUAAAAGUUAAUUUUUUUAAAAAAAAUUUUCGACUUCUUGUGUAUGUGGUCCGGUUCGUACAACUAUUUUAUAUAUAUAUAUAUAUAUAUAAAGUUUACCAUUUAUUAAUAUAUUAUUUCUUUAUGGUUGUUAGCUGGAAAAAGUACUCCUUGACUACUAUUGAUUCCAUGGCUUUGUGGGGAAGGUGCUUUGUGGCUCCAUCCGUUUUUGGUAGUGCCCCUGCGUCUUCGAGUUUGGGUCGAGUUAUGAAGGUGCAUUUGGUGCGGUGAAGCUCGACAAAGGGAAGCUCGAUAUGUCUCAGAAGCAAUUCAAGUCCAGCCAAGAGCCACACAACAUGUUGUAGGAGAAAACUUACCCAUGAUACGUGAUGUUGGAGUUUUCACUAAUUUCUUCGGAGAACCGGACUAUAUACAUAUACACCGAUGGACCCAGAUCUCUUUCAUGUAUUCUCCUCCAUCAGAAGCGAUCUAAUAUUCAUUGAUCACACCAGUGACCUUGGAUGGAAAGAAUUUCAGAGGGUGCAGCCUAUUGUAGUUGACCCAGCUAUAUACUUAGCCAGGAGGAGCCAAAAUUUUCAUGCUACAGAAAAGCAGAAAACUCCUGAUGCUUUUAUAGUUUUCACAGGUUCGCCAUGGGUUGUACUAAGCCGACGAUUUCUGCAAUUCUGCAUACUUGGUUGGGAUAACCUACCCCAAACCCUGCUUAUGUAUUUUACAAAUGUACUUUUGUCUCAAGAAGGAUAUUUUCAUUCUGUUAUAUGCAAUUCGCCGGAGUUUAAGAACGCGACAGUAAACUGCGAAUUAAGAUAUAUGAUAUGGCACAGUCCCCCAGGAAUGGAGCCUCACUUCUUAAACAAUUCUGAUUUUGAUCAAAUGGAAGAGGGAGUGGAAGUGAAUUAACUAUUAUUUUGGGCUCUAUGUAGCAAGGGGACAAAUAUUCAAUAUAGAGCCACCAAUAGCCAUUGAAUCAAUAGAGGGUCUUCUUCGUCUUGCCCAUUUGCAUGCUCUUGUAUUUUCUGCGUGUUUUGGGAUUAUAUAGUCCAUCUGUGUUGAAUAUUUGAUUAGCAUAACUUCAUUCUUUCUAUUCUGA